AUGCAUAUCUCAACUCCACGCAUUGAUCAAUCAAACAAUACACUCACAGUGGCCGUGAGCAGUGAGCAUGGAAACUGCCGCGUCUACAUCAUAUCAUUCGAUCUAACACUUCAGAGACGACCUGUUUUCGAGUCCAUUGUGGAUGGUCAACUCAACUUCUUUGGCGAACUCAAUGAACAGGGACAUCUGGUCACGGUGCGUCAGGACUCUGGCAAGGAAGGAUAUCAAUCAUCACGCACUCUUACAAUGGGCGAGGAGAGGAUGGAGUUGUCAAUGAUCGACUAUCAAACAAAGGAGACGAUCAAACAUGUGGAGCUACCACCCGGCAAGGGAUGUACAGUGGUCGUGAGGAAUCGAUUCGAUCAGAAUCAGAUGGCACUGUCACGUGGACGUACCAUCCAGGUCGUGGACCUGACCACUUUGAAUGUGUUGUGGAGUGUCGAGUGCCAGGGAUCCGGUCUCAUCAAGGACAUGCUAUUUGAUGGUGACCUGCUCGUCGUGCCAUCGUCCAGCUCAGAGAUCCUGGUAUAUCGAAGUGGCAAUCUCGAGAGCAAGAUGAAGUUCCAGCAUGGACUGGUCUACGCAAUGAAGUGGGCAGUGAUCAAUCAAAGAAUAUGGAUAUAUGAUGAGUCUGGCCUGCAUAAUGUAUCCAUAGUACCACAUGCAGUUGAUGAUGUGACGACAAAGGAGGAGGACUACAGACUGAUGUUCCACGAGCUAACAUGCUGUGGACUGGACUUUAAUGAUGAUGGAACGAUGCUGGCAUGUGGAGACUUCAUGGGCAAUCUUAUGAUCUGGUCAAUGAGUGAUGAUCACAUUGGUGAGCUGCCGUAUUGGAAGGAGAUACUUGGUGUCCCUGUUCGAAGUCUGGCGUGGACAGGAUGUCCGAGCGGCUCAUUCAUCAUGGCAGGACUGAUGGAUGGCAGUCUGAUGCGAUUUGACAUUGAGACCAAACAAAGCACGGUGGUAGACUCGUUGGGCGAUGCGAUCACAGUCAUUCAAUGGCAUCGAGACACAAAUACAUUGCUGGUUGGAACGACAGGCGGCCAUCUGUGCCUGUACAACUAUGACAUACAACUCAACACACUCAGCCUGGCGUGGAAACGAUUGAUGCACGAACCAGUGGUCAGUGAUCAGCAAGACAUUCGAUUCGGCUCAAUUGGACACUUUGCAGAGAUAUGGUCAGCGUGCUUCAACGACGAUGGAAGCCAAGUGGCCACCUGCUCAGAGGAUCAGACCACAGUGCUCUGGAGACGAUCGGAUGGCGAGAGAUUGCACACUCUUCGCGGCCAUUCAAUGGCAGUCACAUGCGUUGAUUGGCGUAGAAACACUAUUGCCACAUGUGCCGAUGAUCAAACGAUCAGACUAUGGUCAAGCAAGAACGACAACACAUUUGAGGAGGCACAUUUAUUUAGGACAACUGGCGAUGUUGGUGAAUGGCAUACUGUUACAUAUCUGGCACUUACAAGGCCUAGCCCUGUGUCGCAACCCAAGAAGGUCAUUUGUGCCACUCAGAAUGGAUGGAUAUUCAUCUGGGAUAUCAAUUCGAUGGAGAAGGUAUAUGCGAGGAGAGUACACCUUGGUUCAAUCGAAGGCUUGAGAUGGAAUGCAAGGAAGAAUAGAGUAUGUACUGAAUGA